AUAUUAGAACAAACAUGCAAAGCGUUAGUGAAUUUAUUACUAAUAGUGAAAUUAUUUCAGAUAACGAUAUGGACACUUCAACUGACGAUUAUAUGGAAGAUGACGAGCAGGAAGAAAUGGAAAUUGAGCAUUUCAGUUUGAGCGAAGAAUGGAUGGAGAAAAUAAGACGAGUUGGGAAUGAUUCUCUAUCAUAUGUACGUGAAUAUAUGGAAGUAGAUUUAAUAGAGGAAGAGAAUGAAGAUUUUUUAGGAGAUGCUUUUCUCUUCGCAGAGUCAAUGCCAUUGAGAAAAAGACAUACGGCUUUGAAUGUUAAAACAAGAGGUUCUUACAGAAAAUAAUACUCCUAAACAAGUUGAGAAACUCUUCGACUUAAUAAUCGAAGAAGGAUUCACGACAAAGGCUGCAGCUUUAGCCACUGGCAUUAAUGUACGCACUACCCAGAAUUACGUUAAAACUUAUAACAAUGAUCCUGAGAGACGACUUCCAGGAUCUUAUUCUAAACCUCGUGGAAGACCUUGUAAUAAGUUGACUGAGGAGCAUUCUAAGUUUCUAGUUGACUACAUCGAAAAGAAUACCACUGCUAUAUUAGAUGAGUUAAAGUUAAAGACUUUGUGAGAAAUUUGAGGGUUUGAAAAUCU